CAAGCAUUAUGUCGCAGAGUAGCCCACACCCCCUUAAAACGUUCCCUAACCACCUCCUCCCCUCCAGCCCUCUUUAACCACCACGGCAAUGUAGCCACCAUCCUCCUUAACCGUCCUAACUCCCUCAACUCCUACAACUCAGAAAUGGUGGAGCUCCUAAUAGAUCAUCUCUACAAGUUUGAGAGGGACGAUACAGUGAAGAUGGUCCUGAUGGAGGGUGCAGGUGACAGGGCCUUCUGUGCGGGUGGUGAUAUUGUUCACCUGGGUCAGAUCACCCGGGAGAACCAGCUUCACCACAAGUUAAAGACUUUGAAGAAGCCGGUGAUAAGUGUAGGUGAUGGGAUUGUGAUGGGUGGUGGAAUGGGUUUGUGUUGUAACAGCAGGUAUCGAGUAGGGACGGAGAGGUCCAUGUUUGCUAUGCCCGAGACUAGGAUUGGGUAUUAUCCUGAUGCUGGGGCUACCUACUUUUUAUCAAGAUUGGGUGAUGUCGGGAUGUAUCUGGCGCUGACGGGGCACAGGAUCAGGGGUUAUGAUGCUAGACAUCUUGACUUUGUCACACAUUUUGUGGAGUUAGGUAAACUCACGCUGUUAAAAGAUGAAGUUUUGAGCUGUUCCUCUGAGGAUGAUUUAGUGCAUUGUUUGAGAAGCCAUGAGAAUCCAUGUGAUUUACUCGAAUUUUCUCUGAAGGACAAUCUGCUGGAGAUAUCUAAGUGUUUUUCUGCUGCUUCAGUUUUAGAGAUAAUUGAUAGACUUCAAGAAAGCGGGAGUGAUUUUGCGCAGAAGACCCUGAAGACAUUGUCCAUCAUGUCGCCCAUCGCUCUGUGCAUAUCUCACAGGACUCAGAUACUAUCUAGAAACCUGGACUUCACAGAAUGUCUGAGAAUGGAAUGUAACAUCUCUAACAAAACAUUUGCGCUGGGCGAGUUUGCUGAGGGGGUUAGAGCACUUUUAAUUGAUAAAGAUAACAAUCCUAAUUGGAACCCCCCUAGUUUGGAAACAGUCGAUGAAGCUGUUUUAGACGAUGUUUUCAAUGAUAAAUCCAUUGAUUGGGAUCCACUGCCAUGAACAUUUAAAUUAUGUGUGUAAAAUUGAUAGAACAUUGUAAUUGUGUUUGAUAUAGAAUUAGAACUAAUAGAAGGAAUUAUUGUAAAAUUCUUUAUAAAAGAUGUUUGUUGUAUUGGAACGGAAUUUUGGGCUUCAGA